AUGACUUCAGCACCCCCGUCAAACGCCGGUACACCACGAACAAGCGUCGACAAGGACAAUCGUCGGACGUCCAUAGCUUGGAACAAGCUCCCCGAAAUCCCAGCUUCGGAGAGUCGUAGGCAACCAUCGUUCGCGUCCACCACUGUCAUCGCGGCUCCGACUCCUGGUACUCCCGCACCCGGUCCCGCAAGUAUCUCAGGGUCCAUUCGCACAGGACGUUCGCUGUCUUCACCCCCACCUCCUCCUGCGUUCCUGAAGCGCGUCUCGUUCGAUACCUUCGACAAUAAGGAUGCAUCCGAUUUCUCUCUCACGCUGAAGUCUAAGCACCGAGACUAUUCUUACAGUCGCCGAUCCCGCACAUUCCUGUGCGGCACCGAUCAGAACGAUUACUCGGAGUUCGCCCUCGAAUGGUUGAUCGAUGAGCUGGUCGACGAUGGCGACGAGAUCGUCUGCCUGCGAGUCGUCGAUAAGGAUAGUAAGAUCAGUAGCGACAUGGCACUGCAGGAGAGGCUGUACAGACAGGAGGCGAGGAAGCUGCUCGAUCAGAUCAUCGAGAAGAAUGAAGAGGAGAAGUCUAUUUCCAUCAUCCUCGAGUAUGCUGUUGGCAAAGUGCACGAAACGAUCCAGCGAAUGAUUCACAUCUAUGAGCCCGUCAUUCUGAUCGUCGGGACUCGCGGUCGCUCUCUAGGCGGUUUGCAAGGACUCCUCCCCGGCUCCGUAUCCAAGUACUGCCUGCAACACUCACCGGUCCCCGUCAUCGUCGUCCGCCCAUCGUCUAAGCGGGACAAGAAGAAGGCUAAGCGCAAGGCGGAUCCGGGAAGACGAGUCUACCAGGAUAUCCUACAGCAGAGCAAUCUGAUGCUUGACGAGAGCCACAGCCUCGCUGGUAUCACGGAGGGUCUGGCCAAUGCGUCUAUCACUACGUUGGGAGGGGACCGGAGCAGCGGCGAGGGAGUCUCACCUAAGACGAUGGGACCCACUAUCAUCACCGAUACACCGUCUCCCGGAGCUCUGACCCCGUACUCCGGUAGUCCUGUUGUCAGUUCGAAGGAUGUCAGUAGUGAGUUCCCUACCGCCGUUGCUGCCAGUUCAGCGACGCCUAUGGGAAGCGAUAAGGGCGAGAAGCCAUAG